AUCUUACAAUUAAGGUUGAUAAUUAGCACAAUUUAUUCUAUUAAAUUUGGUUUUACGAGAAAAUUGUUAAAAUCAGCAUAUAAACAAUUUUCAUUAUUGGCAACAAUGUCACCUUUUAGCCACAAUGGAAUAUCCAAAUCCGCAGUAAAACUUUUAAUUUGCAAUGAUGAGAUAAGUGUAACUUUACUGUGCACUAUAAACACUUUAAAUUGAAGUAAACAUGAAACGUCAGAGGGCCAAAAUGUCAGAAGAAGGUUAUACAAGGUUAGCAACAAAAGAUAGCGACGAUAGUAGCGAAGAAACCGAGCUUUCUGCAAAAAAACCUACUUUCCAAGAAAUACCAACUGUAGAGAAGGUUGUGGAAGACGGAGAUACCUUGCAGGCCCUUUCAAUACGGUAUCAUUGCCCGAUAGCCGAAUUGAAACGGUUAAACAACAUACACAGAGAAAAUGAAAUAUUCGCAAAGAAUACCAUCAAAGUUCCUGCUCGGCCAUUUUCAGUUGCGCUUGCAAGUGUCCAUACCAGUGGCACAAGUUCUCCGAAAGAGCAGUCGGAAGUUACAGGGAUAGAUACGGACAUACUCAGUCUUAAACUGAGUAGGGAACUGUUAAACACUCCCAAACAGAGUAGUGAUAUAAAUAGUAGUGUGGAAGUGAACAGUGUUAUUUUUAAUAGCAAUGUGAAACCUAUUAAUAAAGUCUGUGAUAAUAGUCCAUUAACUGAGGUUCAUCUUCACGAAGAAGUACGGUUGUUACCUCCUAAGAAAUCAUUAAACACCACUGUUCUUAAUAGGCUCUCGUGCGAUGGUGCAGAUGCUGGGAUUUCGUGGAUUGCUUUAAUCAUCUGCAUUGUAAUCGUAAUUGUUGCCGCACCACUUAUUUAUGUCUUGUACAUUGCUGAACAUCCUGAACAGUAUUAUCAUUCUCAUAUAUGAUGUGUUAACAUUCUCCCUUUUCUACUCUAUUGUUGACCUUAGUUUUUAUUUAACGACUUUUAUUGAAUAUUUUGUAAUUGUGUCAUAUUUUGAAUCCACUCUUGAGGGCAAAUUUUAGCUUUCUCGUUUGAUUUUAAUGUGAAACUUUGUGAUUUGUACUACAUCACUUGGCAAAGUAACGUAUCACAUAUUUCAGGACAAUAUGUACCUACUUGUGAUAGAAUACCAGUAUAUUAAACGAAUUGUUGUGACCUCUACAAACCAAAAAAUACUAUUUAUAGAUGAAAUUAUGUAUACAAUUAAAUACAUUUGUAUGA